AUGCCAGGCGAGGAGGGAAAGCAUAGCCAAAUCACGAACAGCGAGUUCACCUGCCACACGGUGGGCAUAGUUCCUCAGCAGUCUGUUCUUGGCCAAGGCUCUGCGUUUUCCCCAGGGCAAGUAGCGAUACUUUCUGAGUGCCUGGCAGGAGGAUAUCAAGAAUGUGGUCCUGUCAUUGAGCUUGUGCUGGCGUUUGAUUGGACGAUGGAGUCUUGA